CAAGAACCACCACUAGUGGUUCACAACUCAGCUCCGAAGAUGGCCGACCACGCUUUUGCGGGUACCAGUGGCAACACAUCUUUGCGGGGUCUACGAGAACGCUUGGUUGCCGUCGCUCAAGAACUAGCUGAAGAACGGCGACGUAAACGUGGCAUUAAUUCUUCUGCAGUUACUUCUAAGAGAUCGUCGUGUACACCUGUUUUAGAUGGCUCCGUCCUUAAAAAUGACAUCAAACAGCAAUUAGCCAAAGAACGCAGAGAAGAGCGGAAGCGUCAACAAGAAGCCAACAAAGAAAAACAACUGCUUGAAAAACAACUAAAGGCGAAGCUACAGUACGAAAAACAGUUGGAAGAAAGACACCGCAAACUGAAGGAACAAAAGGAAAAGGACGAGCGACGCCGAGUAUCUGCAGAAGAAAAACGAAAACAGAAACAGGAGGAAGACAAAGAAAAAUUUAAGGCUGUUGUGUCCCGUACAAUGGAGAGAUGUAAUCGUGCUGAUCAGCGACAGAAGAGAUGGUCAUGGGAGGGGAGUGUGAUCAACGCUGAUAAAUCUGGAAAAACGGAAAGUAAACGAAGCACUUCUCUGAAUAGAAAAGACAAUCAGUUACAUCCCAGUGUUGAUGUGGAACACGUGGACACCACGCCUGGCAUGACCAAACAUGUUUUCCGCUAUGUUACUGCACCGGGGUUUACUAGUGAUGGUCUAAAGUCUUCCGCAAUAUUCUCUAAGUCAUCCUUAAAAAUGCCACUUCCAACCAAAUUAGAAAUCACACCCACAAAGAAAAUUGAAACAUCUCUCAAGGAAAACAUGGAAAGACCAGCAAAGGCGAAUGCAGAAGUGCCAUCCAAGAUGAACAUGGAAGAACCCGCGCAGGCAAACACGGAGGGACCAUCUAAGGCUGCUGUGGAAAAGGCACUCCGAAACAUAGAGGACAUCUCUGGUGCUAAGGUGGACAUUUCCCCCAGGGUGAAUAUUGAAGGACCCGCUCAUGGGAGCUCAAUGAGUCUCCCCGAAUCAAAUGCUGACGAAUUCCACCAAAUGAAUGUAGAUGCUGCUUCGAGUGUUGAACCAUCCCCCAUUGUAAGCGAGGAUUCAUCCCUUGUUCUGAGUACCGGCUCAUCAUCCUUUAUGAGUGUGGAAAUAUCACCUGUCGUGAGCAUGGAUACAUCACCAGAAUUAAGUAUAGGCUCCGCAAGUGCUACACCAUCAGAAACACACAUAGGAACAUCUCAGACUUCUCUUAAGAUCAGUGGGGAAUUAAACCUUGAGGCCGGUAUGGAAGCCCAGCUUGCGACAAAUGUUGAAGGACCACCUCAGAACUCAGAACAGGACAACACAAGAAAUGAAAACCUUACCACCAAGAAACAGCAGCCGUCACACAUUCCGUGUUACAGAUGGUCGUCAUCUCCUGCAGUCGGGUGCCACCCACCUUCUCCCAUGAAGGCUGUCAGGCAGAAUCAAAAGAUCCGACCGCCAUCCCCUCUACCAGUCUCAUCAAGACUAGCAUCGAAGACUUCUCUAUCGUAUAAAAUAACCCCGGUUCAGAAUAUCCUGUAUGUGCCGAAUGCAUUAGGUACAAUAACAAAGACAAAAGAAGCCUCUCAAAAGCGUAUGACCAACAGAGAAUCUGAUAAUAAAAGUGUGUCAAGCAGUGAAGUGGCCACGAAAAUUUCGAUAGAGAUACACCAUGCCGCUUAUGAACAAAAAGGCAAAAAGGAGAAAGAAGAAGACCAGCAAGAGACCAAAAAAAGUAUUUCUAGAAAAUCAGAAGGUAUGGUAGAGAGAGUGGAUGAAGUCCCAGUAGAAGAAUCCUCGCCCUGCAAAAAUGAGCAGCAAGUAAAAGAUCUGACAAGGAGACCUUUUGAGCCACCAGAAGACCAGAAACAACGACUACAGAAAGGGGACAACACCACGAUGAAAUCUCAGGACGGUGUUGAAAGUAGACAGAAGGAACAAGAAAGAAUUAUGUUACAAAAUUUGCAAGAAAGAUUAGAAAGGAAAAAGAGGGUUGAGGAAAUAAUGAAGCGGACGAGGAAGACAGAUGUGAAUACCUCAAAGGAGUUUUUACCUACUCUAAGCAGGAGUCCUUUGGAGGCUUCAGAAAUAUCUGAUAAUUGCCCAUCCGAAGAGGAUGAAGCGGAUGAUGAAGCUGGAACAGAAAGUGAUGAGGACUCCGUGGAGAUGCUUCCAUCAGGAAUGAAUACGGCACUUAGCAAAGUGAAAAAGUUUCACCAAAACACCAAGAAAAAGCCUCAAAAGCUAGUGUUUUUGCAAGCAGGAUCUGGUGAGGUAGACUCGGAGAAGAAAGUCCAUUUUAAUAAAAACAAGAAAGCGAUCAAACAAAACGACCCAGACGAAUCUACAAGUCAAGCAAAGAGCACUAAGACACCUACCAAAAAGCAACCUACCCGAGCAGUGAGGACCAGAAAAACAAGAGAGGCCAACCCCACCAUCCGAUCUGCAGUGAGCGUCACUACCAAUCAAGAGUGGGUCUGUGGCAAAAAUAUAGACCUUAGUCACACCGCCGAACCACCUGUCCCAAGGACCACCGCUGAGAGCGACAAACAAGAUUCAAAGGAUUCUGUGCCAGCUCACCAAGGUCCUCAGGUGCCGCUGGACCCUAAGAAAGAAGGCAAGCCUGGACCUGUUCCUUUAAAGAAGGUUUUCUCUAACCUCCACUUGGCUGGAAGUGCAACUGAGCUUGAAAAUCCCUUUGCUCCUGGCUGUUCCUGGAUGGCAUUUGGAGAAGGCGAAGACGACAGUGAUACAUAAACCCCCGAGGAGCCUGGGCGGUUGAUCUUCUUCUCCACCCCCCCCCCCCAUAUUAAAACUCAUAAGGCCAAGACUCAAAAAGUGGUAACCGAAUGUUCAAUCAAAAAGAAAGGAAAACAAAAUCCCAUCCAAUACUCACCUCAACACCUACUUAAGAGAAUGUUAAAUAUCACCUUGUUCUCUAGAAAUUUUGAGUAAAGAGGUUAUUGUUUUCCUGAGAAAACAAUCUU